ACUUUCAGCAACAGCUGACGGCGCAUGGCGAAAUAAUGUCGAAGUCUGAUGAAAAUAUGUUGUGAAAAAGUUUCGUGGUUGAAAAAUUGAGGAAAAACACUGCUGAAAGUGCAGUAAAAGUGCAUGGCAGCUCUGGCCGCUGUUGUGGCCAAUACUCUGUCGCAAGUGUCUCAAUUAACGUGGAUUUUUAUCCAGAGUGGCGGAUCAUUCCGUCACAUGAAACACUUCCUCCUAGUCCAGAGACAAAAUACCAAAAUAUUCCAAUAUCUCCGUUCCACAGGUCUCGAUACAUCCAAUCACACAAUCAACUGCUAUUUGAACACUCAUGCAACUGAGGUAUGCAAAAUUUUAUAGGAUUUUUCCGGGGUUCAGUAGGCAGAAAAGCUGCAUAACAAAACACCAUCCCUCCUCCUUUGGCUUGUUUUUUCGCACAAGUUUUCAGUCCCAAUCCCUCUCCGUAGAAUAAAAAACAAAAACUCCCGUUUGAUUCUCUCUCUCACCAAUCACGUCAAGUACGAAUAAUAAUUAGUUGAUAGAAAAUUCGUCAUUCAAUGCCAUAGACCAAGUCAGUCUGUAAAUUGCCUGAGUCGGACUGAGAACAUGAACGCAUAGAGAUCUGGGGUUGGGAAGAGGUUCAUAAUCUAAUCAGUGUAAUCUCUGGUGGUGUGAAAAAUGUGCGCGAUCUGUGAUUGCUUUUGUGCCACAGAUGAAGAUGAAGAGGAAAGGGAACCCGUGUUUUCCGAAGACAAUGCAACCAUGACGGAUGCAGACGUUGUAUAUCGCUGCCCCAUCAUCCUGGAGCCACGAGAUGGACUCAGUAUUCGCGUCCUGGGAGAGAUUCUACCAACAUGUGAAAGGUUUUCAAUAAACCUAGUUCUAAACACACCUGAACGUGAUGUGGCUCUCCACAUAAAUCCACGGCUGCCACAGAACUACAUUGUGCGCAAUAGCCGAGUGGGUGGCGUCUGGGGCAAUGAGGAGAGAACCUCUGCGCUACCCUUUAGCCUCCAUCGAGGCUCGAGUUUUAUCAUCCAGAUCCUCUUUACGUCCUCGUGCUACUUGAUCUCCGUGAAUGGGCGCCAUGUGGCGGCUUUUACGCACCGGUUGCCCUUUUCGAAGGUCAAGUGCAUGGAGGUGAAGGGUGAUGUGCACGAUGUGCAGAGUGACCAGGUUUAUGCAGAAUACUAUCCGGAGAAGGUGAAAAACUCCAAUCGAUUGCAGAGUAUUCGGCAUUUGGAGGAUGAUGAGGAUCCUACUACGGUGGCCUUCAGUGACAAUAGAAUUCACGUGCCAUUCUAUGGGCGUCUUCAGACACCCUUUCGCAGUGGCCAUGUGCUCCACAUAAGGGCACGCUUGAAACUCCUUCCACACUCUUUCUACAUUAAUCUACAAGUGGGCGAUAAAAUUUGGCCUCAUCCUCAAAUACACUUCCACUUCAAUGCACGCUUCGCUAGCACUGGCGGCAGGCAUAUCAUCUGCCAGAAUUCGUGGAUGGCGGGCGACUGGGGUCGUGAGGAGCGCAGUGAGUGUCCAAUGGAAUUUGUUCCCGGAAAGGCUUUCGAUCUGCGAAUUCAGUCCACAUACAAUUCCUACCAUGUGUACCUGGACGGUAGUCUCAUCUCUGAGUAUCUCUUUCGUGAAUCGGAGGCCAAGGUCCCAGCAUUCCAGCCAGACACUGUCUACAUCCAGGGUGACAUCCAGUUGUUCGGCAUCUACGUGCAAAAUUCCUACGAGGAGUAUCCCAUUGAGGAAUAUGACGAAUACUGAAUGGGAAUUCCUCUUGCAGGAAUAACCUGGCACGCUCACCUUCCUUACCUUUCCCCCCUUCGUAAAAAUUUAUCCGUUGGCAGGGACAAUAACUUAAAAUUAGUGUUUUAUUGGACCUAUACAUAAACUGUCCAAUUUUUCGUGUUACUUAUUAAUUCGCCAAGUUUCUUCAAAGGGAACAUAUUUAUCGCGUUAUGAAAAAAAUCCCGCAAAACAAUCGCCCACAAAUCAUCAUCUCACCAAGGAUGGCCAAAGCCAAAUGUAACUUAUGUGGUUGAGGAAUUCGUGGCACAAGAGGAAAAAAUCCUCAGAAAAAAAAACACACAAAUAAUUCAAAGUAGCUUCAGUCGUCAAAAUGGGCAAAGGAAAAAAAUGUGAUUGUAUAGAUUUCAAUAAAUGUUGAUAAUUAUUGCUAAAUUAUACAAA